UUGCCGUUGCCGUUGCCGUUGCCGCUGUCGCUGUCGCUGUCGCCGUCGUUGCCGUUGCCGCUGUCGACGACGAAAAGUGGGGUUAGGUCUUUGGUAGAGGGACGCGAGAGCGAGAGCGAGAGGACGAGUUUUCUCGGGUCGGUAAGUGGGGAUAGAAGCUCGGUGUGUGCAGCAGCGGUAGAAGCACAAGCAGAAGCAAACGAAUAGUUUCUCCGUUCUCCGUUCCCGGGCAAGCUGUGUCGAGUGACCGUAGAGCGAGACGCAGAGUGCCGUGCUGGUCGAAAGAUAGAGAGAGAAAGAGAGAGAGAGAGAGAGAGAGAGAGAGAGAGAGAGAGAACGAGCGACCGCCGAACGGGCUAGAACGAGAGGCGUGGAAAAGGGACGAGUGGCGAGUGGCGAGUAGCGAGUGGCUCGUGGAACGGCAUGUCCUCGCGUGCUCGUGUCGUACAGCGUUCCUGAACGCAGCCAUUACGACAGAACCGCUCUCGGUGACGCUUUGCUGCUCUCGGUAGAGCGGUGCUCACGCGCGCAGUGAUCGCGGAACGAUCGGAACGGGACGCACGUGUUUCGCCGGAAUUUCCAACGAGGAUUUCUGGUGGCGGAGGCGCAUAUCUGUGAAAGUGCGUGUACACGGAGGCCGAGAAGACGCGGUCUUGACGCGCGGCGUCGCGUCGCGGAUACACAACCUCGAUCGAGAUCCUGCGGUUUCCUGGCCGACGACCCCAACGAGAGACCGUCGGAAUCCACGCUCUCCGACAUCGUUCUUCCAGUAUUCGAAUCGAAUCGAAUCGAAUCGAGUCGAUAACGAUCCAGGAUGUUCGACGUAUUCGGCUCGGUGAAGGGGCUGCUGAAGCUCGAUGCGGUCUGCAUCGACAACAACGUGUUCAGGCUGCACUACAAAGCCACCGUGAUCAUACUAAUCGCGUUUUCACUGUUGGUCACCUCCAGACAGUACAUAGGCGACCCUAUAGACUGUAUCGUGGACGAGAUACCGCUUCACGUGAUGGACACCUAUUGCUGGAUCUACUCGACGUUCACGAUCCCGGAUCGAGUCGGCACCAUCGGCAAGGACCUGGUGCAGCCCGGCGUGGCGGCCCACGUCGAGGGCGAGGACGAGGUCAAGUACCACAAGUACUAUCAGUGGGUGUGCUUCACGCUGUUCUUCCAGGCGAUACUGUUCUACGUACCGCGUUAUCUGUGGAAGACUUGGGAAGGCGGUAGGAUCAAGAUGCUGGUGUUGGACUUGAACUGUCCGGUCAUGACCGAGGACUGCAAGGCCGAAAGGAGGAAGUUGCUGGUCGAGUACCUGGCGAGCAACUUGCACACGCAGAACUUCUACGCGUUCCGGUUCUUUUUAUGCGAGAUGCUGAACUUCGUCAACGUGGUCGGCCAAAUCUACUUCAUGGAUUUCUUCCUCGACGGGGAGUUCACGACCUACGGCUCGGACGUGGUCAAGUUCACGGAGAUGGAGCCGGAGGAGAGGAUGGACCCGAUGUCCCGGGUGUUCCCGAAGGUGACCAAAUGCACCUUCCACAAAUACGGUGCGUCCGGCACCGUGCAGAAGUUCGACGGCCUAUGCGUGCUGCCGCUGAACAUCGUCAACGAGAAGAUUUACGUGUUCCUCUGGUUCUGGUUCAUCAUUCUUUCGAUCUUGAGCGGCUUGACGCUGGCCUACCGCGCCGCGGUGGUAGCGGGCCCGAAGAUUCGGCUGGUGCUGUUGCGGGCCCGAUCGCGCCUCUCGCCUCCCGAACAGAUCGAGAUGAUAGCGGAGAAGUGCCAGAUCGGCGAUUGGUUCGUUCUCUAUCAGCUCGGCAAGAACAUAGACCCGUUGGUCUACCAACAGCUGGUCGCCGAUCUCGCCACCAAGCUGCAGGGCAAGGAGUUGGUCUAGUAGCGGUACCCGCCGACUCUUCUUCGUCUCUUCUUUUUCCGCUUGUUUCUUCCGAGCCUAUGCCUACCCCCUGAAUUUACCGAACCGCGAGCGAGAGCGGGGGCGGGACAUCCGACGACCACCAUCGGGCGGCUUCUUUGUUUCGCCUUGCCUUUUACCUUACCGUACCUUACCUUACCUUACCUUACCUUACCUUACCUUACCUUACCUUACCUUACCUCACCUUACCUUAC